AUGUCGAACACAACACAGACACAGGAUAAGCCCGAAACGUCCGAACAGCCAACACAACAGAAGCCCACCGUGCUGGAGGAAGACGAUGAAUUCGAGGAUUUCCCAGUCGAAGACUGGCCUCAAGAGGAAGCCGAACAAGCAAACGGAAAUGACGCCCAUCUGUGGGAGGAGAGCUGGGACGAUGAUGAUGCUGCGGAUGAUUUUUCAAAGCAGUUGAAGUACGUUGCUCCCGACGCCGUCGAAGCUCGCCUUCUGCUCGUUGCUGGGAGAAUUGGCGAUGGAUUCCACCAAGCCACGUCACGCUCCAUCUGA